AGGAGACAACAGAAGCGCGGAGAAAGCAGUCUGGAUAACGAGGGAGGCGCGCCCCUCGACGUGCCUAGCGAAGAGCACCCCUGCGCGACGACAUCGGCGCCGCCUAGUCAUCCCGAAGACGAUGCGGCCCGUUCGUGACCACUUCGCAACGAGAAAGAAGGGCUCGGCAGCUCAGUAUGAUAGUGUUAUGAUAUAAGCCUUUUCUGAGAUUGUGUUUGUGUCCCCAUUGAUGUCCUGCUUUUUCGCUAUCGCUGGCAUUUUUGUAAACAAGAAGUGCGUGAAACUGAAGCACAAAAAGGGGCCAGCUUCAUGUAUCAUAUGCCUACGCCACAAUCAAGCAUCAAGUAGGAUGCAAUGAGUCACAAGUAUUGAAUGUCGUGUAAUUAUUAUAUCCAUCAGACCUCUAAGUCUAAUUUCACCUUGUACAUGGGCGAGGAGCGACGGGGG